ACCUCUUCAUUCAUUCCUAUUGCAGGUCAAUUGCUUACUAUCAUUCUUUUACCUUUACACAAACAACAGUCACAAUGAAGUUCUCUUCCCUCCUCUUUACCGCCUCGCUGGUCGCGGCCAUGCCUGCCUCCAUCGAGCCUCGCCAGGCCCAGGAGAGCAUCAACAAGCUGAUCAAGGCUAAGGGCAAGCUCUACUAUGGCACCAUCACCGACCCCAACCUUCUCCAGAGCCAGCAGAACAACGCCGUCAUCAAGGCCGACUUCGGUCAGGUCACCCCCGAGAACUCCAUGAAGUGGGAUGCCACCGAGCCUCAGCAGGGCAAGUUCAACUUUGGCGGCGGUGACCAGGUCGUCAACUUUGCCGCCCAGAACGGCCUCAAGGUCCGAGGCCACGCUCUUGUCUGGCACUCUCAGCUUCCUCAGUGGGUCCACAACAUCAAGGACAAGACCCAGAUGAAGAACGCCAUCGAGAACCACAUCAAGAACGUUGCUGGUCACUUCAAGGGCAAGGUCUACGCCUGGGAUGUCCUCAACGAGAUCUUCGACUGGGAUGGUUCCCUCCGCAAGGACUCUCCCUUCACUCAGGUUCUGGGUGAGGAGUUCGUUGGCAUUGCCUUCCGCGCUGCCCGCGCUGCUGACCCCAACGCCAAGCUGUACAUCAACGAUUACAGCAUUGACGACCCCAACGCCGCCAAGCUCAAGGCUGGUAUGGUCGCUCACGUCAAGAAGUGGGUCUCCCAGGGCAUCCCCAUUGACGGUAUCGGUUCUCAGACCCAUCUCGACCCCGGUGCCGCCAACGGUGUCCAGGCUGCUCUCCAGCAGAUGGCUUCCACUGGUGUAAAGGAGGUUGCCAUCACUGAGCUCGACAUCCGCUCUGCCCCUGCUGCCGACUACGCUACCGUUACCAAGGCUUGCCUUAACGUUCCUAAGUGUGUCGGUAUUACUGUCUGGGGUGUCUCUGACAAGGACUCUUGGCGCAAGGAGAAGGACAGCCUUCUCUUCAACGCUCAGUACCAGGCUAAGCCCGCUUACACCGCUGUUGUCAACGCUCUCCGUUAAGCGUAGAGUGACAUAGAAGGGGUAUCCUUCAGAAAAGAUCUCAUUGCGGGUCUUGAGGUUGUUGGAAGCACAGGGGGCUUCAUAGCCGCAUUUUUGGCUUCAUUGCACAUAUCUUAUCUCUUACAUACUUGUUUUGCUAUUGUAUAAAUAUUGAGAUGGUAGCUGUCUGGUACAUGGUUAUUUGUUAGUAUAGCUGGAUCAACGGUCAAAUAUAUAUUUACCAUCUAA